GUAACGCCGCCAGAUCGCCAGUUGCUGCGUGAUAUCCAGUAAGAUAUCGGAGGAACUGAGAUGCAUGACAAGAGCUGAUAUCAGCUGUUUUCUCUAAAUUCGGAGUCACAAUUUUGUGGAUACACGUAUAAUACAUAGCAUGGCUAACCACGUAAAUCGAAUACAUUGAAUAAAUCGACAAAUAUCGCAUUUAUUCGGCAAGUGCAACGCGUUGCCUAUCCGGAUACCAUCAGCUAUUGCACCGAAAUCGUAAAACACAACACAAAUCUCAUCCGGAAGUCUGCAUCGUUAAAUUGACAUUCAAGAAAGGUUAAGUCGCCGGUUGCAAAUGAUAUCACGUGGAUUCAAGAAUUUAAAAACAAAAACAGGAUAGUAUAGUGUUGAAAAUAAUCAUAAAUCGUAAAAACUUUAAGAUUUCUCACUAAGUAAAUUAGCGGCGUGCGUGAAGGAAAUGUGAUGUGUGAUUGUAGUUUACAUAUCAGAAAAAAAGUUCUGGUACUUUAAAAUAAGAUUAAAGGAUUCUCUUAAGAAGAUAUAAUGAUAACUAUAUAUUUACGUAUAGUCAGUGUUCUGAUCUAAGAAGUUAUAGCUUUAGCGUUAAGAAAAGAGAGGAGAGUGAAUUUAUAGAUUUAUAUAAAUAUAUCGGCAUUUGCAGAUAAAUACUAUAAAUUUUUUAUCGAUUAAACUUAACAAAGAUAGGGAACUAUGGCUUUGACGGAUCAAAAACAUGGCUUGUUCUCGGAGCACAUAUUUGCUCCUAGUUUUCAGGAAGAAUUCAAAAAGCACUGGGACUCUCAAAGCGAUUAUAAAAAUACCAACCUUGAAGUCAUAUCGAAACCCUUUAGAGUCUGUAGAAUAUCAAAUUUCAUAAAAGAAAAAAAGUUUCUGAAAAGCUUGAUAAACGAAUUGAAACAACUUAAUUAUGAACGUCAAUCCCUUGAUUUGUAUCAGUUUUCGCGAAGUGAUGAUCUGUCUGACACCCCUAGCAAUCACAUCCAAACAUUGUACAAAUCUUUUCAGACAGAUCUUGCGUUGUGGAUGGAGCGUAAUACAGACAUUAAGCUAAAUGCAAAUAUCACUAUGUCGAGUGCUUGUUAUUUAGAGACAGACUAUUUAUUAUGUCACGAUGAUAACAUGAUCGACAGAAGAAUAGCUUUUGUAUUAUAUUUGUCGAAAGAUUGGACGGAGGAACACGGAGGCGCGUUAGAUCUUUUUGAUACGGACGAGCGUGGUUCGCCUAAAAACGUUGUGAAAUCAUUAUUUCCGGAAUAUAAUUCUCUUGUCUUCUUCGAAGUUGCGAACAAUUCCUACCAUCAAGUGGCCGAAGUGAACAAAGACGAAUGUAGGUUAUCAAUUAAUGGUUGGUUUCACGGUCCUUUAAAUGAAGAUUACAAACCGUCAAGAUCCAUACCACCAGAGAAUUUUAUAAAACCGAGCGCUGUCGAAACACAACUAAACUCGUGGAUCUCCGAACAUUUCCUAAUACCCAAAAUAAAGGCGCAGAUUCAAGAAGAAGGCGAGAAAGAGUCUUACACAUUUCUAAAAAACUUCCUGAAGAAACCGAUGUAUCAGCAAAUUGCAAAGGACUUGGAAUCGCAGGAUAUCAAGUGGCAGAUGGUUGGUCCCGCCGACAUACGUCGCUACGAGAUAGCUGAUGAACAAACUUUGCCGGUGGCGUUAAAGGAGUUUUUUGAUAUGUUUAAAUCUAUCUCUUUCUGUGAGCUAUUAAAAGACUACACGGCACUGGAUCUGGUACCUAGGAAGAAAACUACAAAACCUAAAAUGACGAUAGAAUUACAGAGAUGGUCGAAGGGCUGUUAUACACUGUUAUACGAUAGAUUUAUGUUGAAAAACAUUACAAAUGCAAAUUCGGCGAAGACUGCUCAACUCGAUGACGAUGACGCGAAUAUCAAAGCAUUGGCGAGUGCCGAAGGAUCGACUUCAAAGUCUUCGACUAGCAAGUGCGAAACCUCGAACGAGGACGACGCCUCAGACAAAAGCGAACUACAUCAAGAAUUGAAGAGGAAAUCGAUCAAUUCUGACACAGAGGGAGAUUCGUCUUGUACAAAAAAGGUUAAGUACUCCGACAUUCAAACCGAUGUCAGCAUAAAGCGUCCACAUAAAGACGAGCAUGACACAGACGUGAAUAAAGCUUUACCAUCUCCGGAGAAGGAACUGUCAGACACGUCGAGUAAUGACGGACGGAAUUCCAUCGACGCACGUUCGGAUACCGAGUACGUACUCGACGUGAUAAUGCAGUUUCACACCACGGAUGACGACGGUGCACCGAAAACGGAAGAUACGAUAGAUUAUGUAGAUGCUGACGAAGAGGGCGGUAUUUUAAUUCAAGUACCGCAAAGGGAUAAUCAUCUUUGUCUGGUUUACAGAUCAUUGAUGAUACAUCGGCUUCAGCGGUAUCUAAAUCAUCACUAUAAAGGUUACGGUUACAAUUUAAUAUGUACAUAUUAUGAGUAGUAUUCGUACCAAGUAUAAUAUUAUCGAUCGUAAAAUCGAUAUUCUGUAAAGAAAAAAGUUAGGAAGGAAUAAAAAAGUCUGUUUUUUAAGUCGCGUGUAACAUAAUUUGUUAUGUUAAAUAUUUUCAAAUCGCGACGUGCAAUAUUUGUUUUGUGAGCGUAGACACAGUGAAAUGUAAAUAUUACAUCUGUAUUUUAAUAAAUUCAUC